CCGGCGCGUGGAGGAAAGGGGCGGGGCCGAGCGGGGCGCGCGACUAUUCAAAAGACGUAAUGACAGUGAACACAACACCGCUUGCUUUCAAGAAUAAGGCCAUAUUGGCUCCUAUGGUGCGGGUUGGGACCCUCCCAAUGAGGCUGCUGGCUUUGGAUUAUGGUGCUGAUAUUGUAUACUGUGAGGAGCUGAUUGACAUUAAGAUGCUUCAGUGCAAGAGAAUUGUAAAUGAGGUACUUGGAACAGUGGACUUUGUUGCUCCCAAUGGGAGGGUUGUGUUCAGGACAUGUGAAAGGGAAAGAGACUGUGUUGUCUUUCAAAUGGGGACAGCAGAUGCUGAGAGGGCCUUGGCGGUUGCCAAACUUGUAGAGAAUGAUGUGGCUGGCAUUGAUGUCAACAUGGGAUGUCCUAAAGAAUAUUCCACUAAGGGAGGUAUGGGAGCAGCACUCCUGUCUAAUCCUGACAAGAUAGAAUCUAUCUUGACUACUCUUGUCAAUGGAGUUUGUAAGCCAGUAACCUGCAAAAUCAGAAUCCUGCCAUCAAAAAAAGAAACAAUAAGUUUAGUGAAGAAGAUUGAGGAGACUGGAGUUGCUGCUAUUGCAAUUCAUGGAAGGAAGAAAGAAGAGCGGCCGCAGCAUCCUGUCCGAUGUGAUGUGAUCAAAGCCAUCUCGGAAGCAGUCUCUAUUCCAGUAAUAGCCAAUGGAGGCUCUCACGACUUCAUUAAAGAACAUUCUGACAUAGAGACCUUCCGACAAGCGACAGCAGCGUCCUCGGUCAUGGUGGCUCGUGCUGCCAUGUGGAACCCCUCGGUCUUCAGGAAGGAAGGUCCACAGACCUUGAAGGACGUCAUGCAGGAAUAUAUCAAAUACGCGGUGCGAUACGAUAACCACUACACCAACACAAAGUACUGUUUGUGCCAGAUGUUAAGGGAACAAUUAGAAAACGCACAAGGAAAGAAGUUACAUGCGGCACAAUCCAUGCAGGAAAUCUGUGAAGCCUUUGAGAUGAGCAGUUUCUACCACGAAACAUCAGCUCUUCUAGAAGCCAAAAAAGUUUCACUAGAAGCCAAGGAUCAAGACGAAGAUGACCAUGCGGAAGACGCAGAUGUCAUAAAAAUGGCAGUUAGAUUUGAUAAACGAGAAUAUCCCCCACAGAUUACACCCAAAAUGUGUCUUCUAGAAUGGUGUAGAAAAGAAAAGCACCCUCAACCGGUUUAUGAAACGAUUGAACGGCCGCUGGAUCGACUCUUCCGUUCUGUUGUCACAGUAGCAGAACAAAAGUACAGAUCAACCUUAUGGGAAAAGUCAAAGAAGUUAGCCGAACAAGCUUCAGCUAUUGCCUGUUUAAGGACUCUUGGACUCCCAGAGGGGAAGCGGGAUGAAGAGGCAAAUCAUUUGGUUAACAAACGCAAGAGGCAAGACGGAGAAUGUUUGAACAACGGGGAAUACCUAACAGAGGCUGCCUGUAAGAAACCCCAUUUUGUUUCAGGAGCGUCUAACUCCAGCGUUUCAUAAGUGCCACCCUACUGUGAAAACGGACUUUUUACAACUAUGCAGCUAUCAAUCCCCACGUGCUGCACACACCUGGAUGCAAUUAUUUGGAACAGGUAAAAAUGUUUGAAUUGCCUCGUGUGUAAAAACGUUGGUUUCUGGCUGCUUUUCUUUUGGUGCCUUUCAAUUGGGACAAAUACACAGUGUUAUUGGAAAAGAGCAGAUUGAACUCAAUAUUAAAUUCUCUUUCGCAGUGCUUGUAUUUUGAGUGUGGGGAAGGAGGAAAGGUUAAUUCUGACAUUUUCUGGUUGAAAAUUCUCUUCUUACUCAGAAGACAUUGCAGUUUGCCACUUGUGUUCUCUCUUUGGAGGAAAAUCAUAAUGACACAACCGAGCAACAAGCACAAUAACCCAAACCUCACGGAUCAUUACAUUUUAGAGAUUGUGGUUGCGUUCGGACAACACUAUAAAUGGUAGGUUAGUAGUCAACUCCACGGUUGAUUAUCAAGGUGGGGGGAACUCCCCACAUGACAUGAUUAUGAUCAACCGUGGUGUGGAUUAACGUCAGCGUCGAAUUGACUAUUAGUUAAUGGUGUGUUUAAUUGACACAUCCUUUGCCCUCUCUCCCCUCUCCAGUCCUCCCACUGGUAUCCCAUCAGCCAUUGCGAGUUCUGCCCGCUAGAAUGGCAGCUGCCACUUUGGUCACUUUUGCCAGGGGACUCUGCAGUCGCCAAAAAUAUCAACUGUGUGCCACGAAAUACUCAUUGGUGCCCAACAUAUGACAUGAUAACCGACGGUUGUUUAAAUAAUCAACUGUGCACAGUGUUGGUUAUUUUGGCCGAAUAACCAACUGUGGUGUGAAAAAGUCCCGACAGACGACACAAUAGCCCACUGUUGACUGUUUAACCCAUGGUUGGUUAUUGUGUCGUCCAAACCCAGUCUGUAUGGUUUUAAAUGAUAUAAAGUUAUGACACUCUGAAUCUACAUUUAAAAUAUUGGCUCUCUCAUUAUUGACCUUUAUUCUCUAACUAACAAUAAAAAUAUGU